AUGUUGCUACUGUUGUCGUUAUUGUAUCUUCAUUGUGUUUUCGGAUUUGGUGGAAGACGUGAUUCCGCAGAACACAUAGAGCAAGCCGCCGAAAAGAGGGCAUACAGUAUUCACCGUAUUGAUACUUUGAUUUUAUUGAUUUUCGUUGCUUUACUUGUUUUAAUUGUUCUUACGGCAUGGUUUUUCAAGCAUCAUCGCCUUAGGUUUAUCCAUGAAACUGGUCUUACAUUGUGUUAUGGUUUAUUGAUUGGCAUCUUAUUACGUUAUACGAAUAUUGGUGUGAUUGAAAGCCAGACGAUAGAUGUAAUGCAGAAGAAUAGAUCUGCGGUACGCGACCCACCAGAUUAUUUACGACUUGAGGUUGAGUCAGCAAAAACGCAGAAAGUGCAAUUCCAUUAUGAAUUGAUGGAAGGUUUUUUUGGCGAUAAAGAAAAACAAAGCGAACGACAUCUCGAACAAAAAGCUGUAUUUUCCCCGGAAAUAUUUUUCAACUUACUUCUUCCACCAAUUAUUUUCAAUGCUGGCUAUAGCUUGAAAAAACGACAUUUUUUUCGGAAUAUUGGCAGUAUCCUAACAUUUGCUUUCGUCGGCACAACUAUAUCAGCUGUAAUUUUUGGAAUUAUGAUGCAUUCAUUCUGUUGGAUAUUCUCUUCAUCAUUUACGUUUAAGGAACUUCUUUUUUUCGGCGCUUUGAUGUCAUCAACCGACCCUGUAUCAGUACUGGCUGUCUUCCAAGAGAUGGAAGUGGAAUCAGAUCUGUAUGCAUUGGUUUUUGGUGAAAGUGUGCUGAAUGAUGCGGUUGCAAUUGUUUUGUCAAGUUCAGUGGAUAAUUUUGCAGCUUCGGAUAAAUCGUUCCAUUUGAAUUCUUUGUUUGCUGCUGCUAUUGAUUUUUUAUCCGUUUUUUUGGCAAGAUCACUUCUACUGGGUUCAGUUAUUGGUUGUGCCACAGCGCUGAUCACUAAAAUGACUGAAAUUAAGGAGUUCCCAUUACUCGAAGCUGCUCUUUUCAUACUUCUUUCGUAUUUAUCAUUCCUCCUUGCCGAAUUUGUCGAACUAACAGGAAUUGUGGCCGUUCUUUUUUGUGCCAUAUGUCAGGCUCAUUAUACUUAUAAUAAUUUGUCGGAUGAAGCAAGAACCAGGACAAAGCAGUUUUUUGAGGAAGUUUCAUUCUUGAUGGAAAGCUUCAUCUUCUGUUAUAUUGGAGUAAGUGUUUUCGUAUCACACAGUCAACAAUGGAGUAUAUCCUUUUUUCUUUCCACCCUGCUUUCUGUGUUUUUAUCAAGGGCAGCCCAUAUCUAUCCACUUUCUGCCAUGUUAAAUAUUCACCGAAAACCUAAAAUUCCACAGCGAUACCAACAUAUGAUGCUUUUUUCGGGAUUGCGUGGUGCUAUGGCCUUUGCACUUGCAUAUCGUAAUACAUCAACAGAUAAUCGUCAGAUUAUGGCUACCACAACUAGUAUGGUUGUAAUCGUAACUGUAUUGUUCAACGGUGGCCUUACUUCUUGGUUUACUGAGUAUUUGGGUAUCAGACAUGGUGUUGAUGCUUGUGACGAUUCUCAACUGCAGCUGAACCUAGAUGAAGACAUGGAUACAUUAUCGCGUGUCAGUGGACAAAAUCCAUGGGAUAAAGCUUUCCUUCCUCGAAAAUGGUACAAUUUUGAUGCUUCCUUUAUGAAGCCAUUCUUAACUAAUGCGAAUCCAACAUUACUGGAGACAAUGCCAUCAUUUAUGGCACCAUUUGCGAAAAUAUUUACAACUAGGCAGCAGUUAACAAUGUAUACACGAACAACUAAUAAUAAUGGUUCAGUGAGCAAUCAGUCCACAUCUAACGACAAUCCAUUUCUGCGGCCAUUGGAAAAUAAUGCGACUGCUGAUGAAAGAAAAUGAUUGAAAGAUAUCUCUAAGAGAGGGUACAAGUACACAAUAGAGACGAUUUGGCAGCAAAAAAUGGACCCAGACGACUCAAUAUUUAAAAGGUCCUGGAAGAAUCCAGAAUCUCGAAGUCUCGGAUUUUUAAAUCUAUUACAUUAUUUUGCUUGCGCUCUGCUUAUCAUAUUUCCUGCAGCUACGGUGACCUGCACCUACGGUGAUCAUUUGAUUAUUCCUUCCUUUUUGUAUAAAAACACUAUUUAAUCAAUGGUUGCGGCGAAGGAAGCAAAGCAGUUUUAGGACCUCUAUAGAUCAUUCUUUACGAACUGAUUUACAACUUAUCACGGUUCGAGAACUUUUUUCUGCUGUGAAUCUCAUUAUAAUCAAACACUUUUUGACCUUAAAGGAACAUAUUGUUACUCGGAAUUACAUACAGGAAUAGCAAUGCGCGUUUUCAGAAGGGUCCGCAUCCGUUGUUCCUCCUGUUCUUUACAUUCCAAAGCGUGCAUUUCGCUUAAUAGUAACAGGACUCUCGACACUUGUUUUGACGGUUCUAUG